UGAACGUCGUCCAGGAUGGAGACUCUAAAGAUUCUGCUACCACUGGUUUUCCUCCUGGGAACAACAUCAGCAGCUUCUCUGGGCGUGGUCCAGACAGUAGGGGGCAGUGUUCAGGGACUCAAUAUUCCUCUCGGUCUUUUCCGCUCCGUGGACGUUUUCAAAGGAAUUCCCUUUGCCGCCAAACCUGGAACUUUUGAGAAACCUAGACCUCAUCCAGGCUGGAGCGGCGUCCUGAAGGCCACAAAGUUCGCUCCUCGCUGUCUGCAGCUCAGUGUGCUGCAGACGUCCUCGUGGGGAAGUGAAGAUUGUCUCUACCUCAACAUCUGGGUUCCUCACGGUCGACACGUGUCGUCCAACCUCCCGGUGAUGGUUUGGUUCUACGGAGGAGGCUUCAUGGUGGGUGGAUCCAUGGGUCCAAACUUCCUCAACAACUUCCUGUACAGCGGUCAGGAAAUAUCGGACAGAGGCGACGUCAUCGUUGUGUCCGUGGGAUAUCGCGUGGGGACGCUGGGCUUCCUCAGCACCGGAGACUCGGGUUUACCUGGAAACUAUGGUCUGUGGGACCAACACGCCGCCAUCGCCUGGGUUCACAGAAACAUCCACGCGUUUGGAGGAGACCAAGACAACGUCACCAUCUUUGGAGAGUCUGCAGGUGGCGCUAGUGUCAACUUCCAGAUGUUGUCUCCUCACAACAGAGGUCUGUUCAGGAGAGCGAUCUCACAGAGUGGCGUCGCUCUCUGUCCGUGGGCUCUCAACAGAAACCCACGCAAGGUCACAGAGGAGGUGGCUGUGAAAGUGGACUGUCCCACUGACGACAGGAUGGUCGACUGUCUGAGAUCCACCGACGCCAAAACUCUCUGCAUGGCUUCACCCAUGAUCCAGCAGGGCUCUCCAGACCACCCUGGCGUGAGGAACCUGCUUCUGUCUCCUGUGGUGGACGGAGACUUCCUCCCUGAUCAUCCUGCAAACCUGUUCCACAACGCUGCCGACGUGGACUUCAUCGCCGGGGUCAACAUCAUGGACGGUCACCUCUUCACCGCGCAGGACAUCCCGUCGCUCGGCAACAAGAGUCAGGACACUCCAGUACAAGACGUGCGGCGUCUUCUCGCUGCGUACACGGAGGAGAAGGGUCCGGCUGGCGCCGAGCUCGCCUUCGCUGAGUACUCGUCCAGCUGGACGGCCACACCGAGUCAGGAGGACAUCAAGAGGACGGCGGUGGACGUCGGCACUGAUUUCAUCUUCCUGGUUCCCACUCAGACGGCCGUUCACCUGCACGCUGCUCACGCUGCAUCGGGCCGGACCUUCUCUUACCUGCUGUCUGAGCCCAGUUUGAUGGCAGGGCCCGGUAAACCCUACCACGCCUGGGUGGGAGCCGAUCACGCCGACGACCUGCAGUUUGUGUUCGGUAAACCUUUCGCCACGCCCAAGGCCUACACCGACCGCCACAGAGACCUGUCCGGGUACAUGAUCGCAUACUGGACCAACUUCGCCAGGACUGGAGAUCCCAGCAGAGGGAGCCUGACGGUUCCUGUGGUCUGGCCUCGGUUCACCAGCGCUGGACAAAAGUUCCUGGACAUCAGCGCCAAGAUGAACGACAGCUCCACCGGACAGGAAAUGAGGUCACGCUUUGUUCACCUGUGGGCCAGCACCAUUCCCAGCCUCCCGUCCAAUCACAGCUCUGCUGCUCACUGAUUCAAUAAACUUCAUGGAUU